AUGCGUGUUGCAGAUGCAAUCCUACUCUGCGCGGGUGCUGACCUUGCAGCUGGCCUGAAUGUUGGUCCGAACUAUCAAUAUCCCCUAGAAGAUCUGGACAAAGAUCUGCCGUUCUCUCAGCCUGUGACAUUUGCGCACUUGGAAUGGCAACGUUGUUUAGCGGAGUCGCAUAAUAAGCCUCUUGACAUUGCCGUUCUGGGAUUCCCUUAUGACACCUCUACUUCCUACCGUCCAGGAGCUCGCUUCGGCCCGAGAGGUAUUCGGGCUGGGUCGUCCAGGGAGAAGAAAGGGCGUAGUUACAACACCGUGUGGGAGGUUGACCCUUACGAACAGGGACUGGAGAUUAUCGACUGUGGAGACGUGCCCAUCACCCCCUUUGAUGCCAGCCAUGCGUUCAAGCAAAUGGAACAGGCGUAUCGACAGAUUCUCUACCAUCCGACCACCGAUCAGAAUGAAUGGGAACACCCCCGCAUCAUCAGCCUUGGAGGCGAUCACUCCAUAGUCUUGCCAAUUCUUCGCAGUCUAAAGACCGUUUAUGGACCCAUCUCAGUCAUCCAUCUCGAUUCGCACCUUGACACAUGGGAUCCUUAUGAAGGCUACACGGGAAUCGUUUCGAACCAGUCCGCCAUUACUCAUGGAACCUUCUUCUGGCAUGCGAGCCGAGAAGGGUGCAUCAGCAAGGGCACCAGUGUUCAUGGCGGCUUGAGGACCAAGCUCUUUAGCCCGAAAGACUAUGAGAUCGACAGAGAUGUCGUCGGAUUCACCAUAAUUGAGGCACAUGAGAUUGACGAUAUUGGCAUGAAUGGCAUCGUCAAGAAAGUCAGAGACGCAGUUGGUAACACACCGGUGUAUCUUUCCAUCGACAUUGAUGUCCUGGACCCGAGCAUCGCUCCAGCUACUGGAACGCCAGAGUCGGGCGGUUGGACCACGAGAGAGCUGAAGAGAUUCCUCAAAGGUCUUGAGGGUCUCAACCUGGUCGGUGCUGAUGUCGUUGAAGUCAGCCCGCCGUAUGACUCUGUGGCCGAGACAACUUCCGUCGCUGCCGCUGACUUGAUUGUCGAUAUUCUGGCUGGCAUGACGAAGAAGAAGACUUUUGAUCCGUCCAGGAACGAGAAAGACGAGUUGUAA